GCUCUUGCGCUGCGCUGUCUGCAUCUCUGUGUUGCGCGCCCAGCCUGUGCCCAUUGUGCGGAGGGAUCUCAUACGGACUACACCCACAGCACUGCCGCUCUGCCGGGCUUCUUUUGCUCCACAGCAUUGGCCAAAUUGUGGCAUAGACUAGAGACUAAAGGGGGUUUUGACUAUUAGAAAGCCUUUUGUGUGGCCACUUAUUCAGCGCUUUUAAAAUAUUAGUUAAUUUUCUUCAGAAUGUCUUGGCAAAGCUACGUGGAUAAUCUGAUGGCCGAUGGUUCCUGUCAGGAUGGCGCCAUUGUUGGAUAUACGGACGCCAAAUAUGUUUGGGCAUCACAUUCUGGUGGUACUUUCUGUAAUAUCACGUCCCAAGAAAUCGACUCUCUUAUUAGCAAGGACAGGACCUCAAUCUUCACACAUGGACUGAUCCUAGGCUCAAAGAAGUGUUCAGUUCUUCGAGACAACCUGCAGGAUGAUGGAGAAUGGACAAUGGACAUCAGGACGAAAAGCCAAGGAGGAGAACCUACCUACAAUAUCUCUGUAGGAAAAGCAGGCAAAGUUUUGGUUCUUGUUAUGGGAAAAGAAGGAGUCCAUGGAGGCGGAUUGAAUAAGAAGGCCUUCUCGAUGGCAAAAUACUUGAGGGAUUCAGGCUUUUAAUGUUUUUCAAGUUGGCUUAGUUCAAAUUGUGGGACACAAAGAAGAGAAAAGAAAGGUUGCUGUUAAGAUUUCUCCUGCAAGCAGUCAAAUGUCAUGGAAACUUUUAAUAGCUAUGAGGAGUGGUAAGACUGUCAUCUCUGGUCCCCCUUGGUUCUCUGAAAGGGGAAGACACUUACAUUUUGUUAAUUUCUCUUUUCCUCCUCCAGUAUUGCUUUUUUUUUGUCAUGGGAAAGGAGAUGUCUGUUGUGGAAAUAAUCUGAACGCACACACCAUGGCUGAGUACCUGAGGAAGUCUGGAUAUUAAACACCUUUCAAUCAGCAUAGAAACCGGCCUAAUAUUCCACACUGACUUUUAUGUUGUGUUGUCCCAGUCAACUUUUUAUAUGAAGGACUUUAUGUUAUCGUCAACCUUUUUUUUUUUUGUCAGUCAUACAUUUCUUGUUUUUGGCACUUCCGUAAUGGCAUGUGGUCCAUCAAACACUGUGUAACAAAAGUGAGAAACUGAUUUGAAUAAGCCUUGUAUAAUGUCACUCAUGUGAGAGACAUGUACCAAUUGUACUUUAAAUAGUUGAACAGGGAUGCCAAAUUUAGUUUUUUUUCCAUUAGCAUGGCAUUAAAGUUGCAUGUUCUCAGUUCUGAAAUAUUUUUUUAAGCUAGACAUUUAGCCAAAACAAACAUCUUGACAGCCAUCACCCAUAUUCUAAAUAACUGACCACUCCUCUUUGUGUGUACCAUAUUCCCCCCCAGAGUCCUACUCCAUAACAUCAUAUUACUGUUGUAAAUGAAUGUGCUCAAAGUUGAUGUAGUGUUGGCCUUGUUUGACUGUUGUGUUGAGAUCAGCAUUACCAAGAUUUCAAAGCCACAACCUGCAGCGCUGAAAUGGACAUUCCAGUAUGAAAUUUGGGACUGGUCCAUUUGUUUUUGCAUUUGUGUAAAUCAGACCAAGUCACUUUUUUCUUCUUGAGGUGGUUACAUAACUUUUAAUCGCCUGUGUAGAUUAACACUACUUGUACACACUAAUUCUGAGUUUGGCUUCAUAUCAUUGAUCAGCUGUUCAGCAUUGUUAUCUGAAAAUACUAUUGAUGCAUUUUGAUAGUAAAACUGGCUGUUUGCCUUUAACAUCAAGGACUUCUUUGUGUUUUAGACAUGAAAAAUGUAUUCACAAAUUGUCAUAGUAUGGUGCUUAGAAGUAUAUUUAAAAAAAAUUAAACGAUGCUCUGUACACUAAACAUACUGAAAUGGUGUUGGUUGGAAGAAGAACAUUAAAACAUUGUCUUGUGCAUUUCUUUUUAAGAGAAAUUGUGUAACCGUGAUAGUAGCUACUGUUGGCUUUUUACCUGUAGCCACAUUAAUAAGUGCGACAACAGUAAUAAACUUUGUAUAGAAUGAAAUGUAAAAUAAAUUAAAGAAGGCAACAUUU